GUUACAGAAAGCAGAUCAGACCUUGAAGAUCUGCACCUUUAUGCAACUCCUCGGGAGCAAAGGUUUCGUAGGUUUGCCAGUUUAGAGUUUGAAGGACAGCUGUAUAUGACACCAUCCGACUUCAUUCAGGCUGUCACAAAUGAUGAACCCAAAGGUGCUAAAAAGUGGCGAUCCCUUUCAAAGCAGGAACUGAAUCAGAUACUCAUGGAGACACCACCAGUGUGGAAAGGAUCAUCCAAACUUUUCCGUAAUCUUAAUGACAAAGGUGUGAUAUCUUACACAGAAUAUUUAUUUCUCUUAUGUAUUUUAACAAAGCCACAUGCAGGUUUUAGAAUUGCUUUCAACAUGUUUGAUACUGAUGGCAAUGAGAUGGUGGACAAAAAGGAAUUCUUAGUGCUACAAGAUAUUUUCAGGAAAAAAAAUGAGAAACGAGAAAGAAAAGGAGAUGAAGAAAAACGUGCAAUGCUGGUUCUUAAAACAGAAGGAGAGGACCUUGUCCCCAGAAGUUAUUGGGAUACUUUGAGACGUAGCACAAGCCAAGCACUCUUUUCGGACCUUGCAGAGCGUGCUGAUGAUAUUUCAAGUUCACUGUCAGAUACUACACUGCUUGUACACUUUUUUGGCAAGAAAGGAAAAGCUGAACUGAACUUUGAAGAUUUUUAUAGGUGA